AUGUUUGUAAGACCUGGUUUAAAGCCGGUAAAUUCUCUAAUACGAUUUACGACAUUACGUUCGAAACAUGUCAUUGGUAUUCGUCGUGAAGAUCAAUCGCCAUGGGAGCGUCGUGCACCUCUAGGACCUGAUCAAGUUCGAACACUUGUCAAAAAACACAAUGUUAAAGUUCUUAUUCAAGCAUCAAACCGACGCGCAUUUCCAAUCUUAUCUUAUGUCCAAGCAGGUGCAACUGUUCAAGAGGAUCUUAGUGAAGCAUCGGUUAUUAUCGGCGUUAAACAAGUUCCGGCAGAUUUGCUGAUACCAAAUAAAGUCUAUGUGAUGUUUUCCCAUACACACAAAGCUCAGAUUGACAAUAUGGCACUGCUAGAUGCUUGUUUAGAGAAAAACAUCACUUUGAUUGAUUAUGAAAGAAUUGUUGAUGAUCAAGGUGUACGAUUAGUCGCAUUCGGAAAAUAUGCAGGAGUCGUUGGAAUGAUUAAUAUUUUGCAUGGACUCGGUCUAAGAUUUUUGGCAUUGGGACACCAUACUCCGUUCAUGCAUAUCGGUCCUGCACAUAACUAUCGAAACAACGAACAAGCACGAAUGGCUAUUCGUGACGCAGGCUAUGAAAUCGCGCUUGGCUUGAUGCCGAAAUCAAUCGGACCGCUAACGAUUGUUUUUACUGGAUCAGGCAAUGUUUCACAGGGUGCUCAAGAGGUUUUUCGUGAAUUACCAUUCGAAUACAUCGAUCCCAAAGCUCUUCCACAAGUAGCUCAGCAUGGUGCUAACAACAAAAUCUACGGAUGUGUUAUCCAAAGAAAAGAUCAUUUAAUUAACAAAGAAACAGGAGAAUACGAUGAAGCAGAAUAUACAAAACAUCCUAAUAGAUAUACAUCAACAUUUAGAUCUCAAAUUGCACCGUAUGCAAGUUGUAUAAUCAAUGGAAUUUAUUGGGAAUCAUCAUCGCCGAAACUACUUCGCGUCGCUGAUGCUAAACAGUUGUUAACUCCGCCACCGGAAUGGGAACAAAACGAUAGGAAAUCUGGUUGUCCGCCGUUGCCUCAUCGUUUGCUAGCCAUUUGUGAUAUAACUGCGGAUAAAGGCGGUAGUAUUGAAAUCGUUCAGCAAACAACUAGCAUCGAUCAUCCAUUUCUAUUAUACAACCCAAAAACGAAUACAUCCACAGAAAGCUUUGAUGGUCCCGGUGUAUUGGUUUGUUCAAUUGACAAUAUGCCAACACAGUUGCCAUUAGAAGCAACUGAAUAUUUCGGUUCAAGACUGUUGCCAUUGAUUCCACAGAUACUUGCUGUAGAUGCCAAGAAAGAUUUUCAAAAACAAACGAAUGUAUCUCGUGCUGUACAAGAUGCCACUCUCACAGCAAAUGGCCAAUUGAGACCCAAGUAUACUUAUAUAACCCAAUUACGCGAACAACGAAAAUUGAAAGCAUCAAUGUCAUCAACGGCAAAACGUGUUCUUGUCUUGGGCGCUGGUUUUGUUAGUGGCCCUGUGGUGGAAUAUUUGACACGUGAUGCCCAAGUUCAUAUCACUGCUGUCAGUGCCGUUCAACAAGAAGCUGAUCGACUUGCAUCAGCAAAUCCUCGUACGACACCCAUACUGUUGGAUAUCACACGAAGUCAAAGCGAAUUGGAGAAAUUAAUCAAAGAACAUGAUUGUGUCAUUUCACUUUUACCAUUCACACUCCAUCCCGACGUGGCUGCAUUGUGCAUUAAACAUCAUCGACACCUUGUCACGACGAGUUACGUAUCACCAAAGAUGAAGAGUCUUCAUGACGAAGCUACAGCAGCAGGAAUUACUCUGCUAAAUGAAGUUGGAUUGGAUCCUGGAAUAGAUCAUAUGUUAGCAAUGGAAUUAUUUGAAAUUAUCCGUGACGAUGGUGGUCGAAUUGAUUCUUAUGUAUCCUACUGUGGUGGUUUACCAGCUCCCGAAUUCGCUGAUAAUCCACUUCGAUAUAAAUUCAGUUGGUCACCUCGAGGUGUUCUCACAGCUUUGCUCAAUCCAGCAAAAUACUUGAAUAAAAGCAAAAUUAUUCAACUCACACCCAAUGGCGGUGUCAUCGAAGAUGGAUGUACAACAGCAAACUUCUUACCCGGUUUCAAUCUCGAAUGCUAUCCAAAUCGAGACAGUACAACCUACAUUGACUCCUUACAACUUGAUACCGUCCAUACUAUACUUCGAGGAACUUUACGAUAUAAGUUUGGAUAA